CUCUCUCUCUCUCUCUCUCUCAAGCACAAGCUUCGACUCAUGGCGUUGUCGCCCCUGUUCCAUGUGGCCGUUCUGCUCCUCCUGUUGGCCCCUUUGAACCUCACCAACGCAAACUCAGAAGGGGAUGCUCUGUACGCGUUAAGGAGAGCAGUGAAGGACCCGGGCAACGUUCUGCAGAGCUGGGACCCGACCCUCGUCGAUCCCUGCACUUGGUUUCAUGUCACCUGCGACCGCCAUAAUCGGGUCACCCGACUAGACCUGGGGAAUGCGAAUCUGUCAGGCAGUCUCGUUCCCGAGCUAGGGAAGCUCGAGCACCUUCAGUAUCUGGAGAUGUACAUGAACGAAUUGAGGGGGGCGAUACCGGAAGAGCUGGGAGGGCUGAAGAGCCUCAUGAGCCUGGACUUGUACCACAACAACCUCACCGGCUCCAUUCCCGCUUCCCUCUCCAACCUCUCCAAUCUCAAGUUCCUGCGACUGAACGCCAACAGGCUGACCGGUGAAAUCCCCAGACGACUUACCCAGCUCCGAAAUCUCAAGAUUCUUGACCUGUCCAACAACGAUCUGUGCGGGACCAUUCCGACCUCCGGUUCAUUUUCCAAGUUCUCGGAGCAGAGUUACGCCAACAAUCCCAGAUUGGAAGGUCCAGAGUUGGUAGGAUUUGUGAGAUACGACGCAGGAGGGAGCUGCAACUGACGGAUCACGUUGUACCCAAGAGCGAAGUUUUAGUUCAAGAAUCAAAGACCUCCUGUUUUGAGAAACAGGCUUCGUUUCAUGUAACCUUGGUUUUGUUUUUCUCGGAUGGAGAAGGAUGUGAUAUGCAGUCAUUGCACAUAACUAACGGCAGUGACCUUUGAAUGGGUAGAUUUUGGGCGA